UCUACCACCGUGUUCCCCUCCCUCAUCUUACUUUCUCAGAUUCUUGUAGCAAGUGUCCUUAUAAAUUAAAGUGAUUUUCUUUUUCAAUCCCUCUCUCUUUCUCUCUCUCUUAGUGAGACCAUUAUUUACUGCUCCAAUCAUUAAUCUAUCAAACAUCUCAAGAACUCCAAUUGUUGGCUCUUUGAGAGUCAAACUCCACAGCUCUUAGUUCCAUUUAUACUUUUCAGUUUCAGGAAGUUAAGGCGAAACAUAUUGAAGGGAAACAUCUUCAGAUUUUUCACUUAGGGUGUUUCGCCGCUGCUGGUGCUUUUGUUGUUUGCUUAGGAUUUACUUUGGGUGAUUAGAAUUUUAUUGCUUCUUGUUAAAAGAAUCUUCCUUCGUUAGCUUUGAAUAAUUUCUCCUGGCGAGUUGUGGUUGGUAGCUAGCCCGAUGUAAAUCAAUAUUAUGUUGAAUCUUUGAAGGAGUUGGAGGGUCGGGAGUUCUUUGGUUCUGUUAAGGGUGCUUGCUUGAGAAUUUCUUCAUCUCCCUUAAUUUGAAUUGAAUUAAGAACAUAUUUAGGAUUAGGUGGAUAAGAUAGCAUCAUUAUCUGUGGCCUCUUCUUGCUUUCUGCAAUUUUUGAGGCGCUUUCUGAAAGUCAUAGUAGGGAUUUGAUGUUAGUGUGGAAGUCCAUAUAGGGGUUUGCUAUAGCUUUGACGGCACGGUUCCAUAAUACUCAAUAGAAUAACUAAAACUGAAGAGGUAGCUGAAUCUGGUGCUCCUUGACCAGCAUCCCUCGGUAUUCUCUUUGUUAGAUGAGUUUACUUGAUGUAAUUGGUUUUGGAUUGAAGGUGGGCCAUCUUUUCCUGUUGUUGUGUUGCUGGUUUCUAUCUCUGAUCUCUUUGAAUUGGCUAAGUAAUGGAGGAAUCAUGACCACCAAGGUUGGUUUUAUUGGUGAGGGGGGGCAUGCAUGGAUCAAAUUUUGGGGUCUGGUUUUGGAUUGUGUGUGUAAGAUCCACCAUAAUUAUUACCAGUAUUUUGGUUCCAGGAAAGUGACCAAGAACUGGUGGCGGAAACUUCUGAUAGCUUGGAUAGUGUUUGGAAUUAUGGCAUCUUUAUGGGUUUUCUGGUACAUGAGCUCACAAGCUCUGGAGAAGAGGAAAGAAACACUUGCUAGUAUGUGUGAUGAGAGGGCGAGGAUGCUACAAGAUCAGUUCAAUGUUAGCAUGAAUCAUAUUCAGGCGAUGUCUGUCAUGAUUUCAAUUUUUCACCAUGGAAAGAUCCCAUCUGCUAUUGAUCAGAGGACUUUCGCCAAAUAUACAGAAAGAACAUCAUUUGAGAGGCCUCUUACAAGUGGAGUAGCAUAUGCUGUACGGGUGCUCCACGCAGAAAGAGAGCAAUUCGAGAUCCAACAUGGCCUAACUAUCAAGAGAAUGGAUAAUGUUGAACAGACUCCAGUCCAUGAAGAUGAGUACGAUCCAGCAGAUCUUGAGCCAUCCCCCGUGCAGGAGGAGUAUGCCCCUGUCAUUUUUGCACAAGACACUGUUGCUCAUGUCAUCUCUGUAGAUGUUAUGUCGGGAAAGGCAAAUCGUGACAAUGUAUUGCGUGCAAGGGAAUCAGGAAAAGGGGUCCUCACUGCUCCUUUCAGAUUACUUAAAACAAAUCGCCUAGGGGUGAUAUUGACAUUUGCUGUUUACAAAGCAGAUCUCCCUCCUUAUGCUUCCACUACUGAAAGGAUCCAAUUAACUGCUGGGUAUCUUGGCGGGAUCUUCGAUAUUGAGUCGCUUGUGGAGAAACUGCUUCAGCAGCUUGCUAGCAAGCAAACUAUUCUUGUGAAUGUAUAUGAUACUACCAAUGUCUCCCAACCUAUUAGCAUGUAUGGUUCAAACAACUCAUUUGGAGGACUGUGUCAUGUCAGUGCUCUUAGCUUUGGAGAUCCAUUUAGAAUGCAUGAGAUGCAUUGCAGAUUCAAGCAAAAACCACCAUGGCCAUGGGUUGCAAUAACUACAUCAGUUGGGAUCCUCAUAAUUUCAUUGCUCAUGGGGCAAAUUUUCCAUGCUACCAUGAAUCGAAUAGCAAAAGUUGAGAACGAUUAUCAUGAGAUGAUGGAGCUUAAGAAACGUGCUGAGGCAGCUGAUGUUGCAAAGUCACAGUUUCUUGCUACAGUUUCUCAUGAAAUCAGAACUCCAAUGAACGGUGUUCUUGGAAUGCUGCAAAUGCUUAUGGAUACAGGUCUGGAUGAAACUCAGAAAGAUUAUGUUAGAACUGCCAGGGAGAGUGGUAAAGCAUUAGUUUCACUCAUAAAUGAGGUCCUGGACCUAGCAAAGAUUGAAUCUGGUAAACUUGAGCUUGAAGCAGUUAGUUUUGACUUGAGGGCUAUUCUUGAUGAUGUUUUAUCACUUUUCUCGGGAAAAUCUCAAGACAAAAAAGUUGAGUUAGCUGUUUACGUUUCUAGUAAAGUGCCUGCUACAUUAGUUGGUGAUCCCGGAAGAUUCAGACAGAUUGUUACCAACCUGGUGGGAAAUUCAAUCAAAUUCACUGAUAAAGGACACAUAUUUGUGACAGUCCAUCUUAUUGAAGAAGUUUUGGAUAUGGAAGUAGAGGGCAACUUGAAUAGCUCCUUGAGUGCUUACCCUGUAGUUGAUAGAAGGCUAAGCUGGGCAGGAUUUAGACCUUUGAAUCAAGAUGGAGGCAGCUCUUCUUCAUUAGCCGAUCAAAUUAAUAUAAUAGUAUCUGUAGAAGACACUGGUCAGGGCAUCCCACUGGAAGCUCAAUCCUGUGUGUUCCAUCCCUUCAUGCAAGUUGGUCCCUCCAUCACCCGAAAUGGGGGCACGGGUAUUGGUUUAAGCAUCAGCAAGUGUUUGGUUCACCUAAUGAAAGGUGAAAUUGGAUUAGCAAGCUCACCACAGAUUGGAUCGACUUUUACUUUCACGGCUGUUUUCAGUAAUAGCUCCUCAAAUUUCAACAAAUCAAUCAGCCAGCCAGUGAACAGUAAGUUUGACUCUAUUUCAUCGGAAUUUCAUGGGAUGAGAGCACUGCUAGUGGAAUCCAACCCUGUCCGAGCUAUGGUCUCCAAAUAUCACAUCCAGCGGCUUGGAAUCCACGUCGAAGUGGUUUCUGACUUGAGUCAAAGCUUCUCUGGCGUAAUCCCCUUGAACAUGGUUUUCAUUGAAGAGGAAAUCUGGAAUAGGGAUAUAUGCAUGUCAGUUUCGAUGUUGAGAAGGAACAAUUAUGGGAUCGCUCCUAAACUAUUGCUUCUAUCAAAUUCAACAAGCAGUGUUGUUCAAGCCGGUUUUUCAGAUUCUGAUGUUCCCACACCAUUUGUUGUCAUGAAACCACUAAGAGCAAGCAUGCUUGCCGCAUCCCUACAGCGUGCCAUGGGUCUUGGAAGCCGAAGAAUGUAUCGCAAUGGAGAGCAUCAUAAUCUGUCCCUCAGCAAUCUUCUUCAUGGUAAAAAGAUUCUAGUAGUAGAUGACAAUCCAGUGAACCUUGUGGUGGCUUCCGGAGCUCUAAAAAAGUACGGUGCUGAGGUGGUCCAUGCAGAGAGGGGGAAAGAUGCAAUAUUGUUGCUAACUCCUCCACACCUAUUUGACGCCUGUUUCAUGGAUAUUCAGAUGCCGGAAAUGGAUGGAUUUGAAGCUACAAAGAGGAUUAGGGAGAUGGAGUUGAGCAUAAACAAUAGGAUCCAGGGAGGAGAACUUUCUGCCGAAGUAUACGGACAUAUCUCAAAGUGGCACGUGCCCAUUUUGGCCAUGACGGCUGAUGUCAUCCAGGCCACAAAUGAAGCGUGCUUCAAGUGUGGGAUGGACGGGUACGUAUCAAAGCCAUUUGAGGCUGAGAUACUAUAUCGAGAAGUGUCGCGUUUUUUUAAAGCAGUCUCGGAUGCGGAUGAGAAACAUCAGUAGAUGAGUCGGUGCCCGCCUGCCCACAUACUCCUAAGCCAAAGGCCUGUCUGUCUGCCCCAAGGAGAGGAGACUCUCCUAGCUAUCUGGUUGCACUUGAGCAUUGUUUGUGAGUAUGCAUGCUGCUGCUGCUGCCGCUGCUGAUUUGGUGUUUGUUUCUGUGGGAGGCUGGCUAGGCUAUCUUUUGAUUGAUUCUUGGAUGAUAAUUAAUCUUCUUAUCUUCCCUUGUGCAGGCAGCAGGAAUGAGUGGUUGGUUGGUUGGUUAUUGUGGAUACAGAGACUGGACUACUUAGUGUACAUAGUAGUAGUAGUAGUAGUAGUAGUAGUGUAUCAGCAAAAGUCUUAUUAUUAUUACUAUUAUUAAUAAAGGUCAAAAUUCUUGAGGGAGAUCAUAUUGGGUUCUGGAAAAGGAAUAGGGGGAAGUGUAUUUUAUGUCCAUUCUGUGAGGUUGGUAGAGCAGACUAUAAUAAUCUCUGGUUUUUUUCAUGAGAUUGGCCUCAAAUCAGCUGUAGUAAGUUAUAGCUUAGCUUAGAGCAAGCCUCAUUUAGUUUAUCAUACUCACUCACUACACUUGGAAUAGCUGGUCUGGUUUGGUCUGGUCUACACAAAUCAAACACUGUUAAUUUAAUGUUUGUUCUAUGUAGUUUGUAGUAAUACCGACACAAAGCACGCGAGAAUACAAUAUAUAUAGUAGUAUGUUGUAUACACAUGCAUUUUUGUUUUGGUUUUAAUUGUGGUUUGAACCUGGAAGAGAAUUGUUUGUUUGUAUCUCAUUUUCAAAUUCUUAA